AUUAAACACGUCUAUAAACGAUGGAGAGAACACCACCUUUGUUCGCUAUACACACUAUAAGUGUGCACUUUUUCCACACUUGGUUCAUUUGUUUCCUCUGCACAAUAUCUACAACAUUUACUGAGUUUGGACCCAGAGUAACACAUGAUGGCACGUAAGAGUGUGCGCUGUCAUCUCAAUGGUCUGGAGAUCUCGCUCAUAGCUCUCUUUCUACUGAUGACAGCAGUGUCAGUGGGGCUUAUUGUGGUCUUGGCCCUCAAAUUGGAUUCGGAAAAACAAGUGACACCAGAGGAACCAAACCCCACAGUAAAUCCUUCAGAGAACCCGUAUCUGAUCGGUGUGGGUCGCGCAGACUGCACCGGGCCUGUGGCUGAUUUGCCUAUGAUGGGUUAUGCCAAUACUGAGCAGACGGCGAGAGGGAUCCACACACGUCUGUUCAGUAGAGCCUUCAUUGUGGAUGAUGGCAGUAAAAGAGUGGUGUUCGUGACUGCAGACAUCGGCAUGGUCUCUCAGAGACUGAGACUAGAGGUUCUUCAAGAGCUAAAGGCGAAAUACGGAGAUCUGUACAGACAGGACAAUGUGGUCAUGAGUGGCACGCACACACAUUCAGGCGUGGGUGGCUAUUUCCAGUACACACUCUUUAUGAUCACCAGUAAAGGCUAUAUUAAGCCGUCUAUACAAGCCAUCGUCAGUGGAAUAGUCAGGAGUAUUGAUAUAGCUCAUAGGAAUUUGAGACCUGGGCGAAUUUUCAUAAAUAAAGGACAACUAGUCGACAGCAACUUGAACAGAAGCCCACAUUCAUACUUGAACAACCCUGAGGAGGAGAGAAACAGAUAUGAAUUCAACACAGACAAGCAGAUUGUCAUCAUGAAAUUCACAGAUCUGGAUGGGGAUGGUAUGGGGUUGCUCAGCUGGUUUGCUGUCCAUCCCGUCAGUAUGAAUAACACCAAUCGCAUGGUGAGCUCGGACAACCUCGGCUACGCCUCCUAUGCCUUCGAGCAGGAGAAAAACAUUGGCUUUCUACCCGGUGAGGGUCCUUUUGUUGCCGGCUUUUCUUCCAGUAAUCUUGGAGAUUCAUCUCCCAACAUUCGUGGCCCUGUCUGUGUGAACACAGGAGAGAAGUGUGACUACCUUAACAGCUCCUGUCCCGUUGGUGGCAAAAAAGCUUGCAUAGCUUUUGGACCGGGUGAGGACAUGUAUGAAAGCACCAGGAUCAUAGGAGAGAAUAUGUAUAAAAAAGCAAAGGAGCUGUACAGCAGUGCAAAGCAGGAGUUGCACGGGCCGGUUUACGGCGCACAUCAGUGGGUCAACAUGACCGAUGAGACUGUCCCAUUAAACUCCACUCAUACAGGACGGACGUGUAAACCUGCUCUGGGUCACAGUUUUGCCGCUGGUACAACUGAUGGAGGAGGCGAAUUCAACUUCAUACAAGGGGAUACAGAUGGAGACCCCUUCUGGGAUGGCAUAAGAGAUGCGCUUGUGGGACCACCGUCCAACGAGACCACAGAUUGUCAUCGGCCUAAACCAAUCCUCUUCAGCACUGGGGAGAUGAACUCACCCCUCCCUUGGCAUCCAGCCAUUGUAGACGUUCAGAUCAUCACUAUUGGCUCUUUAGUCAUAGUUGCAGUCCCAGGAGAAUUUACAACCAUGUCAGGGAGAAGGAUACGGGAGGCAGUCAAAAAGGAGUUGGAGGUGCAAGAGUCUUUCAGUAAUGCAGAGGUGGUCGUCGCUGGUCUCUGCAACAUCUACACCCACUACAUCACUACAUACGAAGAGUAUCAGAUCCAGCGAUAUGAGGGCGCAUCCACCAUUUAUGGCCCUCACACUCUCUCGGCUUAUAUCCAGCGCUACAGAGGACUGGCCAAAGCUAUUGCUCAUGGAACAAUAGCAGAGUUGCCAAAGGGUCCCGAACCCCCUUUCUUCGAUGAAGACAAACUUUUUAAUCAAGUGAAGGACCCCGUGGCAGAUGUAGCACCAGUUAACACCACCUUUGGUGAUGUCUUAGAGCAAGUUAACCCUGUCUAUAAAGUGGGAGAAAUCGCAUCCGUUACAUUUGUUGCUGGAAACCCAAGACACUCUGGAGAUAUUAGAGAUACGACAUUUGUCACAGUGGAGCUGUUUCACAACAACACCAACACAUGGGAAAUAGUUCACACGGAUGCAUCAUGGGAAACAAGGUUUCACUGGGAAAAAGGACUUGUCGGCCGGAGUCGGUCAAAAGUGGAGUGGCACAUCCCGCUCACAGCGCAGACAGGAACCUACCGGAUUCAACACUUUGGACACUACAAACAAUCCGUGGAUAACGGCACCAUCAUCCAACCAUAUGUGGGCACUUCUGAUGAUUUCAAAGUCACCAGAAGUUUUUAUUACUUUUGAUCAGUGUAUCACUGAAGAAGAAUAUUAGACGCUGUAGAAAUAUUAGCUGUUCAGUGCUCAGUUAACAGGUAUCAAUCUGUAAACUAAUGUUGUUGGCUAAGGUAAACUUUCAUAUGCAACAAGAGUAUAUGUCAAAUGCACAAACAUUGACAUUUCUGCCUUUUUAUUUCUAAGGUGAAAUAGUUGUUAAGGUAAAGUAGUCUAAAGUAAAGUUGUCUAUCUGUUCCAGUCCUAUCUUCUGAUUGGCCUCUACUGCUAAAAUACACAAUAUACAAUAUUCACAAUACUGUAGAGCACACAUAGAGGCAAACUAUUAAAGUUAUGUAAGUAAGUCUUCUGAAUGUAUUUAAUAAAUCAUGUAGGCCUAUAAAUUUGAAUUUGUGGCCUAUUAUUUUAAUUAUGCAGCAUUGUUUUGUAAAAGUAGCAAGCACCUUGCAAGCGGAGAACAAAAUGGCUCAGUAUAACGAAAAGAAAAAAAGAAAAAAAAAAGGUGUUUUGAAGAAUAACCAGUCUUAUUAUUAUUAUUAUUAUUAUUAUUAUUAUUAUUAAGUCUAAUGGGUUUGGAAUGACAUGGGGUGAGUAAAUGAUGAAGAAUUCUAAUUUUUGUGAACUAUCCCUUUAAGAAAUAAUGUGGUUUUUUGAUUCAUCUAACAUCUAGACUACUUAAAAUAGCUUUUAAAAAGUGUUUUAAUACAUGGUGGUAUUAAAACACUUUUUAAUGUUUUAAUUUCGCCAUGUUGAAAUAACGUGACCUGCAGUGUUUCACUAAACGUUGGAGAGGGUCCUCAUGCUCAUUGGCCAGUUAUACUAUUGCAUUGGCCGCCUCCUCUGUAGAUACAAUUUUAGCGUUUGUUUGGUGACGUGAAGAGCAAAAAUAGGGUAUGGGACACAGUUAUUAUCGUGCUUCAUCAGCGGAGACAACGGGAGGAUCACAAAAAGCGACAAAACACGAACGUAAACAUCGUUACGUUCGCGUUACACAAGGUGGAAAUAUUUGAUGGAGUAGUGAUGCCCAAGUUGCAGCUUUUUGUUGGACAGGUAAGGGGGUUAAUUGUUGUGUUUUCUUCUUUCUAAAACUCGCUAGUCAGUGUAAUUUACAUAAAAAAACAGAAUAUGUUCCUGAAGCGUUGGUCAGAGCAGCGUCAAAUACCAUUGUGGUAUCGGAACAGCGAUGCUAACGCUAGCUAUAAAAACACUAGCCUACUGAAUGACCCUUUGACAAAUGUGCAGCCUGUACAUGAUAUGUUAAAAAAUGUGUUGUAGGAUUUCAUGACACUUCAAAACCUGUCACAAACAACACACACACACACACACACACAACAACAGUAGAUGUUUAGAAGUGAAUUUGGUUUAUUUGAUGGUUAGUUGAUUUACUGGAAUUAUAAUUUCACAACUCUCUUACUCUGUAGCACUAUGAAGCUCUCAGCUUAUUUUUUCCUGACGAUGCCUGUCCAAUUCUCCCUCCAGUUUGCUGAGACAAUAAAUUAUUUCAAACAGUCUAUGAUCGAAAAACAAAGUUCAUAUAAACAGAGUUGGAAUUCAGGUAUAAAAAUAAGUUCUAAGUGCUACACAAACUUUAAUACUGUCACCUGUAAGGCAUCUUUAUAUUUAACAAAAA